AGUCAAUUCAAGACGAAGUACGAUGGCGGCAAACCAAAGCAUCAAGGAGCUCAUGGCGGCCGAGACCAAGGCGUCCAAGAUCAUUAGCGAAGCUCGACAAGAACGAGGGGACCGCUUGAAGCAAGCCAAGGCGGAAGCUGAAGCUGAAAUUGCGGCCUACCGCCGUCAACAAGAUCAAGUGUUUCAGAUGAACUCGACAGAUCUGUUGGGCGAUGAUUCGACCAUCAUGGACAAGGAGACCGACCAAGAGAUCCAAAAAAUGACGGGAGAUUACAACAAGAACAAGGACGCCGUUCUCAACAUGAUGUACGGCCAUGUCACGAAAGUUGUGCUAAAGGUGCCCGAGGCGCGCAAGGUCACCCACAAGGCGUAGACCGUCCUUCACGACGUGUUCUAGAGCUAGUAGCCCUAGAUCGCUAGGAGCGACAGCAGCAUCUAUAUGAAUGGAAUAGCUUUGCUAUCCGUCCCUUCGCCCACGCGACGUCAUGCGCAUCGGCGGAUUGUGUGAUACUAUAUUGUAUCGCGAUAUCCUUGAAUUUGUCCAAACCAAGAAUAUAUGCCCAA